AGGGAUUGAGAAAAAAAGGAUGUUAUGCUACCCAAGGUUUCAGGAGAGCUUAAUAGAAAGACAAGUGUAGUUGUACAUCGUGCUUUGGAAGUUGUACUCUUGAAUCCAGAUGAGGGUUGGCUUACGGUGGGCACCUGCUGUAUAUAAACAAUAUCUACGUCCUACAACUAUUUCAAUUCUUGGAUCUUCUUCCCCUGUCUACGAAUCAGAGUUUACAAGAUCAUCUGCUUCAACAUCAACUAUCUCCGGUUCUGAGUUGAAGUUUUCGGGAAUUGAGCAGAUACGGUUGGGAUUUCUGAAUUCUUCCAAGAGCAAUCUUGCUUUGAGAUUGAAGGCCUCAAGGGAGGGGGUAGGUCUGGUUCAAGAAACUACAGAAAAGACACCAAAACUUGUAAAGAAACCCAAGGAUGGCAGUGAUUCAUUCACUGAGAUGAAACAGAGGUUCCUGAGUUUUAAAAGACAGAAAUACUUGGAAAACUUGGAGUGCUAUCAAGAACUUGCUCAAGCACAAGCCCCAAAGUUCCUGGUGAUUUCUUGUGCAGAUUCUAGAGUUUGCCCCUCCUAUAUUCUAGGAUUUCAACCUGGUGAAGCCUUUGUGGUCCGUAAUAUAGCCAAUCUUGUUCCACCAUUUGAGAAUGGACCAUGUGAAACCAAUGCUGCGCUUGAAUUUUCAGUGAAUACUCUCGAAGUUGAAAAUAUACUGAUUACUGGCCAUAGCUGUUGUGGAGGCAUUCGUGCCCUCAUGGGCAUGGAGGACGAAGAAAAGUCAAGUAGCUUUAUCAAGAAUUGGGUCAUGUUAGGGAAGGCAGCAAAAUCAAGCACAAAAGCCACCACUUCUAACCUCAGCUUCGACCAGCAGUGCAAACACUGUGAAAAGGAAUCAAUAAACCAUUCACUAUUGAACUUGCUAACAUACCCAUGGGUAGAAGAACGAGUGGCAAACGGUCUGCUUUCUCUCCAUGGUGGCUACUAUAAUUUCGUAGAUUGUACAUACGAGAAGUGGACUCUUGAUUACCAGAAGAGCAGUACAAAGCAGGCAACCGGUGGGUACGCCAUCAAGAACCGUGAAUUCUGGCAAUGAUGUUAUGCUGUUCUUAUUCUUCUGUCGAUAUUAUUAACUCGAUAAAAACGUGCCCAUAUCAUAAGACUGUUGUUUGUUCUGUAUCGUUGGAUACAAUUUGUGGGGUGUUUUUUUGUUGUUGUUUAGAUCUCCUUUCUUUCUGUUUGUCCAGUUCCAUGAUAGGAUCAUAGUGAAAUUUAUACAUCAUCCUUUCUGUGUACUAUAAAUGGAACUUUGUUUCUGAAGCACAAACUUAUUGCAUUAAUUAUUA